GUUUUCAAGAUAUUCCUUAGCGUUGUAGGAAAGUCUCGUGCAAAUAUUAUGGGUGCGCUGAUAAAGCUCAGGCGUGCGUGGAGGCUGAUGCGGGGAGAUAGCGAGCAUUUGGGGUAUAUAAGGGUGUGCUGUGGGGCUUUGAAGGUCUCCUUGGAACCUGCCAGCAGGAGAAGAUCACCAUGAAGUGGCUGCUCCUUGCUCUGGUGUGCCUGCACCUCUCUGAGGGGCUGCUGAGGAUUCCUCUGAAGAAAGGCAAGUCCAUACGGGAAGCCAUGAAGGAGAAGGGCGUACUCCAUGAGUACCUGGAGGAGCACCGCUACCAUGACCCUGCCUACAAGUUCUUCAACAGCUUCUCCAGCAUCUACGAGCCCCUGUCCAACAGCAUGGAGAUGUCCUACUACGGGGAGAUCAGCAUUGGGACCCCCCCGCAGAACUUCCUGGUGCUCUUCGACACCGGCUCCUCCAACCUCUGGGUGCCCUCCACCCUGUGCCAGAGCCAGGCCUGCACCAACCACAACCUGUUCAACCCCAACCAGUCCUCCACGUUUUCAACCCAGGACGAGUACUUCUCCCUGCAGUACGGAACGGGCAGCCUCACCGGCAUCUUCGGCUACGACACGGUCACAAUCCAAGGCCUCUCCAUCACCAACCAGGAGUUCGGCCUGAGUGAGACCGAGCCUGGCACCAACUUUGUGUACUCCCCGUUCGAUGGCAUCCUGGGGCUGGCCUACCCUUCCCUUUCUGCCGGCGGUGCCACCACGGUGAUGCAGGGCAUGCUGCAGCAAAACCUGCUGGAUUCCCCCGUCUUCAGCUUCUACCUGAGCGGGCAGGAGGGCAGCCAAGGUGGAGAGCUCGUCUUUGGAGGCGUCGACCCCAACCUGUACACGGGGCAGAUCACCUGGACCCCCGUCACCCAGACCAGCUACUGGCAGAUUGGGAUCGAAGACUUCUCCGUCGGUGGGCAGAGCAGCGGCUGGUGUAGCCAGGGCUGCCAGGGAAUCGUCGACACGGGAACCUCCCUCCUCACCGUCCCCACUCAAGUCUUCACCCAGCUGAUGCAGUCCAUCGGAGCUCAGGCUGACAGCGACGGCCAGUACGUGGUGAGCUGCAGCAACAUCGGGAGCAUGCCCACCCUCACCUUUGUCAUCAGCGGCACCAGCUUCCCCCUGCCUCCCUCUGCCUACAUGCUCCAGAGCAACAGCGGCUACUGCACCGUGGGGAUUGAAUCCACCUACCUGCCCUCCCAGAACGGGCAGCCGCUCUGGAUCCUCGGCGACGUCUUCCUGAGGUCCUACUACUCCAUCUACGACAUGGGCAACAACCAAGUGGGCUUCGCCACCGCUGCGUGAGUGGCCCCGGGUCCCGUGCUGACCCUGUCGCUGCUCGCCCUCGCCCCACGUCCCAGCUCCUUGCCCCUCCGCAUGCUGGAGCACCCCCUUCCCUGCAAAGCCCCCUUCCCUUAGCCAUCUCUGUUAGAAGUUACUUUCUUUCCAAAUUGCACUACAAAGAAAUAAAAGUCCAUAAAAAU